UAAUAUCAAGUGUAAAAAUGGUUGUAUGGGCUAGUACCCAAACAGAGAGGUGAUUCCACAUACAGCGCCAUUCAUUGCAACUCAUUACGAGCGCGUUCCGAAAUCAGCUAUCAGCGCCAAAAACCACUCAUCAAAAGCGAGUAAAUUUGGGAGCCUAUUGGCCCUUUUCCAUCGGCUAAGACUGUGAUUGGCUAUUUGUCCUGACUUGACAUAGGCAUGAAGGAAGGACACUACAAGCUUGAACAUUACCAUCUCCUCUUUACAUCCACCGCGCUUGAAAAGUGUACAUUCCACACAAACGUAUGUGCAUACAUGGAUAUUAAUGUAUGACGUUUGAUUGCUUGACUUGAAAUAUAUUAUUUUACUUUUCCACCGCCUGAUAUCGCGUGUUAUUAUCUAUUAUCCGAGGUCUCAUUUUUCGUUUUUUUCACUCGAAUCUUAUUUCGCUUUUUUGUAAAACCCUGACUUCACAAUGGAGAGCAUAUUUCACGAGAAGCAAGAAGGAUACCUUUGUGCGCAGCAUUGUCUCAAUGCUCUUCUGCAGGGUCCAUACUUCAACGCUGUAGAUCUUGCAAAUUUGGCAUGUCAGAUGGACGAGGAGGAACGCCUCAGAAUGGCUGAAUCAGGCAUCGACAGCGAGGAGUAUCAGUUGUUUCUGGAGCAACCAUCGGGAAACAUGGAUGACAGUGGGUAUUUUUCGGUGCAAGUCAUAAGCAGUGCUCUUAAAGUGUGGGGUCUUGAAUUAAUUCCUUAUAACAGCACUGAAGCAACAGCCCUAAUGGCCCAGAACGAUCCUUCAGACAUGAAUGCAUAUAUUUGUAACUACAAGGGCCACUGGUUUACUAUCAGAAAACUUGGAAAACAAUGGUUCAACUUAAAUUCAAUGUUGAGCGGACCACAACUUAUAUCGAACACAUAUUUGGCUAUGUACCUAGCACAGCUGAUGCAGGAGGGUUACUCAAUUUUCAUUGUUAUCGGUUCUUUACCUGAAUGUGUGGCAGAGGAUGUAAUUACGAAAAAUCCAAUAACAGCAACACCGAGAGUAAAAGCGAGAUCAAAUGAUUGUGUAGGAACUAGUGGUAUGGGGUAUCGUUUAGGUUCCAAAGAAGAGGAAGAUGCUAAAAUUUUGAAAACUGCUUUAGCCUUAGGAGAAGUUAAAGUUCCAAAUUCAUGCGUACGUCUAGCUUCAACAUCAUCAAUAGCAACGGCAGUCAGUAGAAUGAGCCAAAAAAAUCAUUCAGAUAUUGCAUCAGAAACUGGAAAACCAAGAGAAAGAAUAAUACCAAUCAGAAUUGAGGGACGUGAUCAACCUACUGUAGAAGAGGAGGAUGAUGCUGACUUACAAAAAGCAUUAAAGUUGAGCUUACAGGAUGCUAAUGUAGGUGUUGACGAAUCUUCGAAUCUUAGAUUGGAUCCAAGUAAUGAUAAGGCAGACAAAUAUUUACCCAAUUCCAAUGAGGAUACGGAUGAAGACGAGGAUUUGAGAAGGGCCUUGCAAUUGAGUCUAGAAUGUAUGACCACACCAUCUACUCCUGAUCCUGAUGAUUUACGCUGGCGUCGAUUGGCCUUCUUAGGAAUACACAACAGCGAUUCUACUCAGAAGUUGAAUACGUAACAAUAAUUCUGUGAAUUGUUAUUUUUUUUUGCUUUUUUUUUUUAUUAAAUCUGUUAUCGAUUGAAAUUCAAUAUGUAAAGUAUAAUUAUCUAAUGAACCAAGUGGAGUGAUCUUGUCACUUUUUAUAACUAAUGAACUAAUAAAACUAAUAAAGUUUACUACAUUAUAAUUUAAUCGCGUUUUUUCAUUAAUUUAUUCUAGGUUUGUUAACAAUUCUAACUCAAACACGUUUAUUGUAAUAAUGAAUAAUUCUGAACAGACGUUUAAGACCGAGCCUUGUGCGGACAAUAAUGCCAGAAGAUGAUUCAUGCAAUUAGUUGGAUUCUGUAAUACAUCUUCUGGCAUUAAUGCUGCGUGAAAAAAAAACUUUGUAUCCAGCGUUAUAUGCAGCAUUAUGCUAUUUGCGGAAUUUUCGUGUCAGUGAUGCAUAGGCAUUGAUGAUAUUCAUAAUGAGUGACAUUUAGUGGUUGGUCUGUUGGUAAAUACUGAGUAUAGUGAGCUCUGAGAUAGUACCUUUACAUCCCAGUAAUAUUUCUAAAAGCUUAGUGCACACUGCUCUCUCAGUGCGUUGCAUACACAUAAGUGAUAUUAAAUCAUAUGUCAGGUAUUCACACUGUAUAAACUUAAUAUGGACCAUGAGCGAUUAACCAAUUAUAUGAUGGCUUUACAAGAGAAACCCCCUACCUAAUUCUGACCAUACCACAGAAUGAAAUCACGGAACAGAAUGGUGGAAAGUAACUCGAAUCCUCGUCUCGCUCAUCUCUUUGACAAUUACUUACGACGUUCACUCCGUUCCAUCUGCAGAAUUGAUGUGAGAUUUAAAUAAUUAAAUAUCAGAACUACACCUGUAAUUACAUCGAUGAUUUGUAACAUUGAGCCGCACCACCAUCGAUUCAAUAGAUGUGUUGACUGACUGUUGAGCUAGUUAUGCGAAUCCCAGAAAGUAAUACUAUCGAUCCUGUAUUUCGUUUCGUUUUACUUUUCUCUAAUUGGUACGGAACAAAUCGAAACUUCGUAAUGACUAGUUUGUAUUUCAUUGCAGCGAUAUUUACAUUCAUGAGGUAUGUAAGUAUGGGAGGUUCUAUUUACACUGUUAACGAGUUUAAAUAGCUACAAUUUAUUUUAAUUCCGUUUCGUAAUUCCAUUCAAAUUUGCCACAUGCAAGAAUUCAACUAUUGCAUAGAUUUAUUCAACAAAGUAUCUAUUUAGAUGCAUUUUUUAUGUACAAGACCUUUACAGUUUAUCCAUUCAAUACAGGGCUAAAGUUAUGUUCACUGAUCUAUUGAAAUCACCACGGAUUUUCGUUUCACCACUCUUAUUAUUAGGACACUAUUUUUUUUUUGGCAACUAAUGUUUUUCAUUCUGGAUUUAUUUUAGAUUUGAUUAUACUCCCUAUAUUGUAGCGCUACGCCAACAGUGAACAGACAAACUGAAUAUACAUGAUUUCUCCCAGAUUUAAUGGUAAACUUUAUAAUGUGAUGCAAUGUUUCUUUGAUAAAUCAAAUCGCAUAAGCGACAAACAAAGUUAUA